AUGCUCACAAAAAAUUCCAACAAAACUUCAGACAAAUGGCUACCAGUCUACAAACCCUGUAGACAUUGGGUAACAUUCUCGCUGCCCUCGGUUCUUCUUCUUCUUCUUCUUGCAGGUGUUAACCGGUCCCUCCGCAGUGCCGCAUUUGACGCGGAGGAGCCUGCAGGAAAGCCGCGGAAGGAGGGAAGGCACCGGUGUCGAUUCUGCAGUUACUCCAGCGAUUACACGACCACAGUUAAGAAGCACGAGCGAGUGCACACGGGCGAGAGGCCCUACGUGUGCCCAGUGUGCUUCAAGGCAUUCAGGCAAAAGGGUGCCCUGGACACCCACGCGAGGACGGUUCACGAGGGCCAGAGGAAUUACCUCUGCUCCACUUGCGGUCGUGCAUUUAAGCAGAGGCCACAUCUAUGGCGUCACCGCAGACUAUAUACGAAUAACUACAUGGGGUGGAGGUUCCUAAUUUUCUCUCCUCCACUUCCUGCUUGUACUUGCUGGUUAUUAUUACUCAUUAUUUUUUUAAAUUUUUAUGCAUUUUUAUGCGUUAUGUUUAUGUGCUUACUGGUAUGUGCUUAUGUGUUUAUGUUUUAUGUUAUGUCUUUUUAUGUGGUAUGUUUAUAUGCUUAUGUGUUUGUUUUAUGUUAUGUGUUUUUAUGUGUUAUGCUUAUGUGCUUACUGGUAUUGAUUCUUCGUCUUACAGUUGCUAACCACUCCCGGUGCGACCCCACGCUUGCCGCGGGGGAGCCACCGAGAACGUACCACGGGACGGGCUCGUACCAGUGUUCCUUCUGCAGCUACUCCAGCGAGUACACGCAGAACGUGAAGAAGCACGAGAGGAUCCACACGGGGGAGAGGCCCUACGUGUGCGGCACGUGUUCCAAGACGUUCGCGGAGAAGAGCAGCCUCAACAGGCAUUCGAAGACGGUUCACAGGGACCAGAGGAGCUUCGUGUGCCUCAUCUGCGGGAGCGGAUUUAAACGGGAACAGCACCUGCAGCGUCACAAGAGGGUGCACUUCAAAUGAGGGACCAGCCGGCGCCACCUGGAUGUACGGAAGGCUCGCUUAUUUCCUCCUCUCCCUCCUUUGCUACGUCGACAUUGUAACGACCAUGUCAUGGGCACCCCUUCCCAGCGCCGCAUUUGGGAGCCAGCGGUGGCGCUACUUGUCGACCCAAUUAUUGCUUCCUCCAUUUCUGCUUUGUACUUCAGCUUACUUUGGUAUUUUUGUACAAGCAGUGAAAUGUCCCAUGACAGACGCUUCUUUCUAAAGUUGAUUAUCAUCAUCAUCAUCCUAUGCGUUUUCGUGAGAGCUGAUGCUGUCGUCUGCUACGGUAGUCGUAGUAGACGUCGACAUUACUGCAUACUUGAUCAUAACGACCUUGUCAUAGGCACUCCUUCCCAGCGCCGCACUUGGAAGCCAGCGGUGGCGCUACUUGUCGGCCCGAUUAUUGCUUCCUCAAUUCCUGCUUCGUACGUCAGCUUAUUUAGUAUUUUGGUACAAGCGGUGAAAUGUCCCAUGACAGACGCUUCUUUCUAAAGUUGAUUAUCAUCAUCCUACGCGUUUUCAUAAGAGCUGAUGCUGUCGUCUGCUGCGGUAGUCAUAUGUCCGCUUCUGCGUGUUCAAAAUUCAAUUUUUCAUUGUCUAAUCAUGAUGCAAGUCUAGUGGAUCGAUGAGUAGAGCCCAUAGCAGGAUGUGUGGACGGGCUUCUCAUAGGGGUUGCUGAUUAUGACAUGGUCGUUAUAAUCUAGCAGGUCGUGGUCGACAUGUCACGUCAGAAUUCGUCCUAACUCUCAAAUUUGAUUGCAUCUGACUUCCCAGAUUGAAACGUGUAGACUAAAAGUGUCACACACUUUCCAGAAUAUCAGUCUUUAGAGAAAUAUGGGAGCAUGUUGCGCCAUCUUUUCUCUUCCCGUUUAGUACUAGGGAGGUUUACUACUGGCAGACGACAGUGGCUGCCCAUGAAGCUGACAGUAUCUCGACUUCGUGGUUACGACCUCUGAAAGCAUGCUUGUGAUUGGCUACAGCCAUUGAAAAUAUGAGCCCGAUUGGCUGACGUCGCAUUGUGACUUUGUUACAUCACAUCGAGUAAGCAGGCUUUCUAUAUCUUGGAGGUGUUGGACUAGCCAACACCACCCAGAUAGCGAAAGCCUGCUUUCUCGUCCAGGUGACCUCACAACUAAAAGUCAGCCAAUCAGGAUUGU